AUGGGUAAAGCAAAGAAACUAAAACCGUCGCAAGUUGCAAAAAAUAUUGGCCUCGCUGACCAAAUUGAAUCCACAAAUGCUGUGAAAUUAAAAAGCAGAUUAAAAGAAAAGCACAGGCAGGAUGAAGAUGAAGAGUUUGUCAAUGCAGAUUUAUCAAAGAAAAUCUUAAAAGCAGCCAGACGUCAACAAGCAGAAUUAGGAAGUGAUGUAGGACCAUCUUCUAAAAGUACACUACCUAUUUCAAUUAAUGCAUUAAAGAAUUCUGAUGAUGAAGACCAACAAUCAGACGAAGAUGAUCUGGAACCUGAUGUAUACUAUGACCAUAUUGAAAUCAAUGAGGAAGAUGAAGCAGCAAUUCAAAUGUUCAUGUCAUCAAAUCCGGAAAGAACAAGAACCUUGGCAGAUAUAAUUAAAGACAAAAUAACAGAUAAACAUACAGAACUUCAAACACAGUUUUCUGAUGUAGAAACACUAAAGUUACAAAAUAUCGAUCCAAGGAUAAAAACUAUGUAUGAAGGUGUAAGAGAUGUGCUGAAAAAGUACAGAUCAGGAAAAUUGCCUAAAGCCUUCAAAAUGGUCCCACAUUUACAAAACUGGGAACAAAUCUUAUAUCUCACUGAACCAACAACAUGGUCGGCAGCUGCUAUGUAUCAGGCAACAAGGAUAUUUGCAUCAAACCUUAAAGAAAAAAUGGCACAAAGGUUUUAUAAUCUAGUCUUGCUACCGAGAGUGAGAGAUGACCUAGCUGAAUAUAAAAGAUUAAAUUUCCAUUUAUAUCAGGCUUUGAGAAAAGCACUUUUCAAACCUGGUGCUUUUAUGAAGGGAAUUCUAUUGCCAUUAUUGGAAUCUGGUGACUGCUCAUUACGAGAAGCAAUCAUUGUUGGAUCAGUAUUGGCUCGGAAUUCAGUACCUGUACUCCAUUCAAGUGCUGCAAUGUUAAAAAUAGCUGAGAUGGAUUAUAAUGGAGCAAGUUCUAUAUUCCUUAGAAUACUUUUUGAUAAGAAAUAUGCAUUGCCAUACAGGGUUGUUGAUUCUGUCGUAUUUCACUUUAUAAGAUUUAAUAAUGACUCAAGAACAUUACCAGUGCUGUGGCAUCAGGCAUUAUUGACAUUUGUUCAAAGAUACAAAGCUGAUAUUUCUACUGAGCAGCGAGACGCCUUAUUGGAAUUGUUGAGGAAACAAUACCAUCCUACUAUUACCCAUGAAAUAAGAAGGGAAUUACAAGCAGCCAAGUGCAGGGACCUUGAAGUUAAUGAAGCUGUACCAAGCUGUAUGGUUGUAGAAUAA